UCAAUCAUGAUGGAUGAGGAUGAUGGAUUGAGUGAAAGAGGUCUCAGCAACUCCAGGAAGAGAUAUGAUGAUGAUGAAGACUACCAUUCCAUUUACAUCGGGGUGCCAAUGCCACGGGGCUACAGGAGGAAAAGGCGCAGACGGAGAUCCACCUCCAGCCGGGAUAAAACCAGCGAGAAUGAAAGGCUCUACGAGCGCCAGGACCGAUCAGAUACCGAUGAAGGAGGGCAAGCAAUGACAGGUAGGCUCUGGCCACUUUUGUCUCCAGCUGCUGAACGCCUUCGUUACAUCCUGGGUGAAGACGAUGACCCUCCAAACCCCACCCUGUUCACUGAGAUGGACACACUGCAGCACGACGGGGAAGAAAUGGAGUGGAAAGAAUCUGCCAGGUGGAUAAAGUUUGAAGAAAAGGUGGAAGAAGGAGGGGAGAGAUGGAGCAAACCUCAUGUGUCAACGUUAUCUUUGCACAGCCUGUUUGAACUACGCACGUGUCUACAGACAGGGACGGUGCUCCUAGACUUAGAUGGCUACUCCUUACCACAGAUCAUCGAUGAUGUUAUUGAAAAGCAGAUAGAGGAUGGUCUGCUCAAGCCAGAGCUGAGAGAGAAAAUAAGUUACGUGCUCCUGAGGAAACACCGCCACCAGACCAAGAAGCCAAUCCACCGAUCCUUGGCAGACAUUGGCAAAUCGGUCUCGUCCAACACAAAUCGCAGUCCUGUCCGGAGCCCAGCAGCAGGGGCCAGCUUCCACCGCUCCACCGAAGAUCUUAGAAUGAGACAGAACGCAAAUUAUGGACGUUUACGCCAUGCGCAAAGCAGAAGCAUGAAUGACAUUACAGAUACACCAAGCACAGAUCAGCUAAAAAAUAAAUUCAUAAAGAAGAUCCCCAAAGAUGCGGAAGCCUCCAAUGUCCUGGUGGGAGAGGUGGACUUCCUGGAGAAGCCAUUCGUGGCAUUCGUGAGGCUCAUACAGUCCACCAUGCUGGGCGGGGUGACGGAAGUUCCCGUCCCCACUAGGUUCCUUUUUAUUCUCCUGGGUCCUUCAGGAAAGGCAAAAUCCUACAAUGAAAUCGGCCGAGCUAUCGCCACCCUCAUGGUAGAUGACCUUUUCAGUGAUGUGGCCUACAAAGCCAGGGACCGAGAUGACCUGAUUGCAGGAAUAGAUGAGUUUCUGGAUGAAGUCAUUGUCCUCCCGCCAGGGGAGUGGGAUCCAAACAUUAGAAUAGAGCCACCCAAAAAAGUACCUUCCGCUGAGAAGAGGAAAUCAGUGUUCUCGCUGAACGAAGCAGGGCAGAUGAACGGCACCGCGGGAGGAGCGGCAGGAGGGGGCGGCGGCGGAGGUGGAGGGGGCGGCAGUGGCAGUGACGACGGAGAAAUGCCAGCUGUUCAUGAAGUUGGGGAAGAGCUUGUCUGGACAGGCAGGUUUUGCGGCGGCCUGUAUUUGGAUAUCAAGAGGAAGCUGCCCUGGUUCCCCAGUGAUUUCUACGAAGGCUUUCAUAUCCAGUCUAUCUCCGCCAUCCUCUUCAUUUACCUGGGCUGCAUCACAAAUGCCAUAACAUUUGGGGGGCUGCUUGGUGAUGCUACAGACAACUACCAGGGGGUCAUGGAGAGCUUCCUCGGCACGGCGAUGGCGGGCUCCCUGUUCUGCUUCUUUGCCGGGCAGCCGCUCAUUAUCCUGAGCAGCACAGGGCCCAUCCUCAUCUUCGAAAAGCUACUCUUCGACUUCAGCAAAGGCAACAGCAUAGACUACAUGGAGUUCCGUCUGUGGAUCGGCUUACACUCUGCCCUACAGUGCCUUAUCUUGGUGGCUACAGACGCCAGCUUCAUUAUAAAGUACAUCACACGCUUCACUGAGGAGGGGUUCUCCACCCUCAUCAGCUUUAUAUUCAUCUAUGAUGCUAUCAAGAAGAUGAUCGGCGCCUUUAAGUAUUACCCUAUCAAUGCAGACUUCAAACCAGACUACGUGACUAUGUACAAAUGCGAAUGCAUUGCUCCUGACCCAGUGAAUACAACAUUGUUCAAUGCUUCAGCUCCGCUGGCACCAAACAACACUAACAUUUCUGUGUACAAUGCUAUUAAUGUAACAGCUCUGGACUGGACCCAGCUGAGUAAGAAGGAAUGUCUAAAGUAUGGCGGAAGCCUAGUAGGGAAAUCCUGUAAAUUUGUUCCUGACUUAGCCCUCAUGUCCUUCAUCCUCUUCUUUGGGACUUAUUCCAUGACUGUAACGCUGAAGAAAUUCAAGUUCAGUCGCUACUUUCCUACAAAGGUCAGGGCCUUCAUUGCUGAUUUUUCCAUUGUCUUCUCCAUUCUGCUGUUCUGUGGAAUAGAUGCCUGGUUUGGCCUGGACACUCCAAAGCUGCAUGUUCCCAGUAUAAUUAAGCCCACUCGCUUAGAUCGAGGAUGGUUUGUGUUCCCAUUCGGUAAGAAUCCAUGGUGGAUCUACUUGGCCAGCGCCCUUCCAGCUCUGCUGGUUACCAUCUUGAUCUUCAUGGACCAGCAAAUCACAGCUGUCAUAGUCAAUAGGAAGGAGCACAAACUGAGGAAAGCGGCAGGCUAUCACCUGGACUUGUUCUGGGUGGGGGUCCUGAUGGCCGUGUGCUCAUUCAUGGGGCUGCCUUGGUACGUAGCUGCCACGGUCAUUUCCAUAGCCCACAUCGACAGCUUAAGGAUGGAGACGGAGACCAGCGCGCCAGGGGAGCAGCCACAGUUCCUGGGAGUGAGAGAGCAGAGAAUCACCGGAAUCAUUGUCUUUGUCCUGACUGGGAUAUCCGUCUUCCUGGCUCCAAUUCUGAAGUAUAUUCCGAUGCCGGUGCUGUAUGGUGUCUUUCUCUACAUGGGAGUUGCCUCUCUGAAUGGCAUUCAGUUCUGGGACCGCUGCAAGCUCUUCCUGAUGCCAGCCAAGCACCAGCCUGACUACGCCUUCCUGCGCCAUGUGCCCCUGCGGCGGAUCCACCUCUUCACCCUGGUGCAGGUCAUCUGCCUAGCUAUCCUCUGGAUCCUGAAGUCCACUGUGGCGGCUAUUAUCUUCCCUGUGAUGAUUUUAGCCUUAAUCUUAGUGAGGAAAAUGCUGGAUUUCGUCUUUUCCCAACACGACCUGGCCUGGAUUGAUAACAUCAUCCCCGAGAGAGAGAAAAAGAAGGAAGACGACAAGAAGAAGAAGAAGAAAGGCAACAAAGGGGAAGAGGAGAGUGAGGAUGAGCCUCGGUUCCCAACACCCUCAGUUAUAAAGAUCCCAAUGGAACCCGUCCAAUCAGACCCCCAAAAUGGUAUCCAUUGCAUUACCAGAAAGAGGUCCUCCAGCUGGAGCUUUGCGUUCUGAUUCCUCUCCUAACGGUUCAGACUUGGAUCGCAGUAUUACGCUUCACCUGAAGAUUUCCUGCCCAUCAUCUCCUGCAUUUAACUACUCCCGAAACCCUCUCUGCGCCAUGC